AUGCAGACCGGGCAGAGCCAGGGGCACCCUCCUCUGAUGCGAGUAAAUGCUCCGGGAGGGAAAUGCCUUGCUCGGUCCCGCUCGCGGCCUCCCCAGCCGACCCAGGCAGACGUGAGGGCCCGGACCCAGGAGCUCCUGGUUUCCCAACCAACUUUGACCGCCCGCUUCGGGCAAUCUCCCUAUGUUGGACCGGCUCCCGCGCCUCGUUCAAAAGAAGGCUGGCCCUUCGGGCAGGUUAUCCGAGGUCGGCUGUCCGCAGCCCCAGCUCCACGGGCGCAGACAAGGAGGUGCCCACCGGCCGGAACCCCUGCGGCCGCGCUCAAAGGCCUGGCUGUAAAGGUCAAAGGCGGUCUGUGGGGCCGCUCUGAAUGGGCUCCCGGAGGCCGCAGCCAAUCAGCCCGCGUGCCCGGGCACCUGCGGCUCCUGCGUCACGACGGCCUGGCUGAGCGAAUGCAGGCACCCAGAGAGCUGCCAGCGAUUUAA